CGCACUAUCAUGAGCACUACCAUAACGUUCAAUGUUUUCACCAUUCUUGCAUUGUUACCAUUUACGAUUUCUGUAACGUGCCGCACAUAUUCACCGCAGGAGGAGAAAGCGGCUGAGAAUAUGAAGAGUUUGUAUUGUGCAUUCUAUAUGACGGAACGUUGUGAUGAGGGUUACUACUCCGAGGGCCCUGCAUGGGGUGCACAACCGAUGCCGAAUCAAUGCAGCAUAAGUAAUCAGAUGUUCUCAUGCUCUUGUAAUACUGACUUUUGUUCAAGCGACCACAACUAUCUUAUGAAGCUAUGGAAGAAGUCUUCCAAGUACUUAGAAGAUAGCAAGUAUACUGCUUGCCUGCAGGGGCUAAUAGAUGAAGAUCUUGAAAGGGUUGACGAUGCAGCUUAUAUUGGUGAAUCAGAUGUAGCAUUCGAGGUUCAAAGCCAGAAAAUGCAAGAUGCUGAAGAAGAUCGUGAUAUCAUAGAGGCUGAAGAUUUACGAUUGAAACAAAGGAAAAAGCUAACGCCCGGCUACAUAAGUGCCGUUAACCUCGCGGUUGCUCUGACAAUUUUUGUAUUUUGAUUUAUCCCGUAUCGUGCUUGCUACAACAUCAUCGUUAUGUAUGAAAACAACAUGUGAACGAAACAACUUAAAGCAUGAGAAGCACCUGUAUAGUUUUUCAGCAAUAAAAUU